AAUGGUCACGUCACUGUGUCAAAAUUUUAUCAAAACAAAAUCACGAAAUUCAACGCUUUUAAUAUGAAUUCUAAAUAAAUUCAUAGAUUUUAAAUAAGAUAACGGCGUUAAACCAUAAAUUUAAACAAAUUAACAUAAUGUAAAGAAUUCAUAGAAUUUCUAUCUAUUUCAACCCACCCGUAACCUAUCCGUUAUCUACUUAAUUAAUUUAUCUAUCUGUUAUCAUCAAACGUUCACAAUGGAGGAAAUAUUCAAAGGAUACGCAAAAUUUGGAAACCCAAAGAGUGACGGCACACAAAUAACACUAACAAACAGCGACAAAUGGAUGAAACAAGCCGGAGUUAUAGAUAACAAGAAAAUCACAACUACAGAUACUGGUAUUUGCUUUUCUAAAUUCAAGUCUAAAACUUUAGGAUAUACCGAGUAUAUGCAGUAUAUCGAGGCACUGGCAAAAGAGAAGAAGGUGGACGUAGAAGAGAUAACAGCUAAAAUGGCCAAAUGCGCUAUACCAGGCACAGGUAAUGCAACUAAAGCAGAUAAAAGUGGAGUAGUCGACCGUAUGACGGAUACCACCAAAUAUACGGGUACUCAUAAAGAGAGAUUUGAUAAAGACGGUAAAGGGAGAGGUAUAGAAGGAAGAUCGGACCAAAAAGAGGACACAGGGUACGUGCAAGGGUUUAAAGAUAAGAAAUGAUAUAGAGUGGAUAAUGUACUUGUCUCGAAGCAGCAAGUUGUCGACGGUUCCGGCGAACAGCAACACGCACGACAGGUACACGGUGGAAGUGGUCAGGAUAGCGCAGAUGGUUCCGAUAGGGAUGCUCUUUUGAGCGUCAGCCAAAUCUCCCGAGCGGUUUGAGCCAGCCAUAAUACCUGAAAUAUAAUACUUUUUGUAACAAUGAAAAUAAACACU